GAGUUGACUUUUCAUCAUGGCCAGUGUCGGGCGAGGGAGGGGGAGAGGGAGGGGCCUAUUGGUCACGAAAGUUGGAUCUGCACCUAAGCCUGGACCUGAGGGCGAUCUGGGAUCGACAAAAAAUGGAGAAUCCCCACCAGCAGGGGGCACUGUACAGGAACUUGAGGAUUAUCUUGAGGGGCUGACCCUCAAUCUGACUGAGGACAACCUAGAGGACAUCUUGACCUUAUCAAAAUCAAUGUCAACAGAAGACCAUGUAAUGAAUGUGGCUAAGCGGAUUUAUGACAAGAGUUUGAAAGACCUAGAAUUUGCCAAAUGUGGAGCGUGUAUUUGUGAUAGACUGUCUAAUGUUGAGGUUCAAACAGCAAAGUUCAGAAAUGUUAUUCUGCGAUAUGUGCAAGAGGAUUUUAAAGGUAAAGAAGAAAUGCGAAGUUCAGACAACAAGCGUUACCUCGGAUUUGUCACAUUUCUUUGUCAGGUCUUUGGAAAUGUUCGACUUACGACAGGGGACACCAUGAAGCCAUUAGUGGCACCUGUGUUCGAGUGUUUAGAACAAAUCUUACAGGACCAAACCUCAACUGAGGAUGAGUAUGAAUGUUUAUCAUUACAGCUGCAGUGCAUUGGAAAAGACCUUGAACUUCAGGAUCAGCCACGCAUGUCUGCAUUGCUCGAUCAAGUGCGAACACGCAUCAUAAAAGAUGGGCUGACAGCUAGAGGGCGCUGUACUCUUCUUGAACUGCUGGAGUGUGGAUCACGGGGUUGGAAACCGUUAUCCAACGACCUGACUCGAUUCUACUGUGACACCAUGGUAGAGAUAUUUGCCACAAGCAUCGAGUGACCGCCAUUUUACAACCGUACAAUUACACCUUGUUACAACAGGAAGAGCUUCUGUUAAGUCACGUGGCUGGUAUGAAUUCAGUGGAGCGUGACUGUGUCCUGUCUGCUGAACUUAUAUCUUUUUAAACAUGACAUAUCAACGUGUUUUGUUUAAAUGAAAUGGGAAGACACCAAUUGGUAUGAUUUCCGAGUUUGACCUUAUUUUUGUUUAUGUGUUCACAUGUUUUGCACAGAUGUCAAAUUUUGAACAGAUGGGUCAAAUUUUCAUGAAAUGUUAGUCUUUUACUGCCAGGAAAACUUGUUUAUUUUGAGUCUGUUAUAAUCAAAACAUUCUAGUUGUAAUGCAGGAAAUAUUUUUGUAAUGAUGUCAAACUUCCCUUUGGUAAACAGUAUUUUUCUAGGAAUUUUUAUUGUCAUAGAACAAGAUUUGAUCAUUCAGAACACUGAUCUCUUUUUGGGUUGAAACUCUUUCAUAGGUUAUAUAUAGGAUCUUUAUAUUUGUGAUUUGAUCCUUCUGUUUUAAGUUGGUUUUUUGCUUCUUAAUUAAAUUUUGGAAAUUCUAAUUUCUGAGUUUGCAAUUUUUGCAGUUUCCUUUGAAAUGCAAAUAACUAAAGAUAUGGAAUUUAAAUUUUUCGAUUUUAUUUGUGGCAAGUUUAACAGAACCUCAAAAAUUACUCAAAAAUAGAAAUCAAAAGAAAAUACCUGUUAUGCAGUAUAUAUAUGUUCUUUACUGUUAACAGUUUGAAAAUUUUUCCUGACAAGGAUAUAAUUUAUUGUGUAGAAAGGCAUCUAAAUUCAAUAAUUAUUUCAAAAAUUAAAUCAUAAUUGAUUUUUUGUUGCCUUAUUUUGAUUUCUGCAAUACUGAAUGUUUAGUGUUCAGUGCUACAUGCAUCUAUCUUGAUACUAAGGGAAUUGUGGUGUUUCUACUUGGAAUAUUUUUAGUAAUAAUCCAUUCUAUAUUAAAUAUUUUUUAAAGGGCAUUAUGAUAAUUUGAUAUGCAAUAACUUUGAUAAAAGCAUAUAGUUUGUCAAAUGUUUGAGUUAAACUUUUACAUUUUCAUCUUAGUUUUGUGUCAAAUGAUAUGAGUUCAUGAGGAUUAACCUCUUUUUGUCACUGUUUUGUCAUUCAUAUUGAAUUAUGUUUAUACUUCUAUAAUAAGUCCAUGAUUAGCGGACCUGGGUGUCGCCAAGUGAAAUUAUGAUUGAUAAGUACAUCUACAAAAGUUCAGGGUAAUAGAAUAUGUAAUUUUUUUGUUGAUAAUCAUUUCUUUUCUCAUAUUUGUUUUAUUUUAUUAAUUUAAAAAAAAAAUGGAUUUUUCAUUCUAAAAUGGAAAUUUAAAAGAGGAUCCCAAUAUGAAGGCUCACGUUUUUUCUGUAACCUUUUAUAACAGAAAAGUUAGUAGCGUUGUCUAAAUGGUAACUCAAAUGUUACUCUGUCUGGUCAGUUUAGCAUGAGUGGACAAUUUUAACUAUUAUACUAGUAUUCCUAGUCUACUAAUGGUACCAUUGAAAUAUGGUAAGAUAUUGCCGACUCGAUUUUAAGCAAUAUAAUGGUUGGUGCAGUUACAAUUUCAUCUGUGAGAAUUUUUUUUUUUCACAGUAAAACUUAAUGUAAACUGAUCAUUUAUUCCAUGGAAUAUCACCUUAUUUAGCAACAAAACGGUCAGAGAUUGUUUAGAAAAAUGGAAAAUAUUAUUUUGGGGAUAAUAUGUUUUGGCACACCAUGCAGAUUGAACAAAUUCAUUUACUGCAAUAUUUUUUGAUGAAAGAUAAUGCUAGAUUUUUUAUUAUUAACUUCCACAUUUAAUAAGGUACCAAAUUCUCCAAAGAUCAAAGAUUUCGAUUUUAAUUAAUCAGUAAACAGGUUUUUUAAAUCAGAGUUAUGUGAACUUUCAGGGUUUUUUUUUUUAAAUACAACAGUCUCAGUCAUAAGUAUUAAGUUAUAAGCAAACGAAUAUGACUUUUUUAUUCAUUUAUCCAACAGUUUAUAAUUUGUACUUCUAUAGAAUCUGUGCUUUGAAUUGAUCAGUCCUCACCAACUGACAGUAGAGAAGUGUACUUUUACAUUCACCAAAAUAAUUUGUUGCUUGCCACACAGUGUGUAAUUGUGCUUCUUUACUCAACAAAUGGAGGGGAAAAAGGCAUAAUGUGAAGCUCUAGUUUGUCAAUUUGAACUUGGUUGAUGUUUUAUAUUUUGUACUUUUCACAACUAGAACAAAAAGUCAUAAAUUUAAUUCUUAUUUUUUCAAUAAUAAAUUCUUAUAAACAUA